CCCAGCUCCCCCAAACUUCCACUCAUGGACUCACUCAUGGUCAGAUCUGAGUAUAAAACCUGUCCCCGUGAGACUGGGGGAGCUACAUUUCUACUUUCCACUGAGGACACCAGAUGAGUCCACUGGAAAUGGAUGUAUAACACAAAACCAAAUCCUCGUGACACUUUUUCUCAGCACGGUGGAUGAGGACCAAGCUCAAGAGGUCACAUUCAACCAGAACAUGGGCUCAGCACAACAUGCAACCCCCCGAGGAGAGUGGUCGAGCAAAAUGGAGUUCCUCUUGGCAGUUGCAGGACAGAUUAUAGGCCUGGGAAAUGUGUGGAGGUUUCCUUACCUCUGCUACAAAAAUGGAGGGGGAGUUUUUUUCAUCCCUUACAUAGUUUUCCUUUUCACCUGUGGCAUUCCUUUGUUUCUGCUGGAGACGUCUCUUGGCCAGUACACCAAACAGGGAAGUAUCACCUGCUGGAGAAAAAUCUGUCCACUGUUUGAAGGAAUAGGGUACGGCACUCAAGUGGUCAUUUUGUACUCCAGUAUAUAUUACAUUGUCAUAUUAGCCUGGGCGUUCCUGUAUCUCUUCUCCUCUUUCAACUCCGAACUUCCAUGGGCGAGCUGCAAAAACAGCUGGAACACAGAAACCUGUGUGGAGUUCGAUAAAAGUCUGGAUUAUUUGAACAAGACCUUUGUUGAAAAUGCAACGUCACCUGUGAGAGAGUUUUGGGAGAGAAGAGUACUGAACAUCACUGGGAGUAUUGGGGAGAUGGGCAACAUUCGGUGGGAUUUGGCUUUAUGUCUUCUGCUGUCCUGGAUCAUCUGUUACUUCUGUGUUUGGAAAGGAGUGAAGUCAACUGGGAAGGUUGUUUACGUUACUGCUACAUUCCCAUAUGUGAUGCUUGCUGUGUUGCUUGUUCGUGGACUCACAUUGCCUGGAGCCAUGGAUGGGAUCAAAUUUUACCUGUACCCUGAUCCAUCCCGCCUUGCUGAUCCACAGGUAUGGAUGGAUGCAGGCACACAAAUAUUUUAUUCCUAUGCCAUUUGCAUUGGCUGCCUAAUAGCACUGGGGAGCUACAAUAAGUACAACAAUAACUGCUACAAGGAUUGUGUAUACUUGUGCCUUCUGAACAGUGGAACCAGUUUUGUUGCUGGUUUUGCCAUCUUCUCUGCUCUUGGAUUCAUGGCCUAUGAGCAGAACACAGACAUAUCAAAAGUGGCCGAAUCAGGACCUGGUUUGGCGUUCAUCGCCUAUCCUCGAGCUGUUGCCAUGAUGCCUUUCCCUCAGCUCUGGGCGGUCUUCUUCUUCAUUAUGAUCAUCUUUCUGGGACUGGACAGUGAGUUUGUAGGUCUGGAAGCUCUUGUAACAGGAAUUUCUGACUUGAAUCCUGGUUUCUUCCACGUCGGCCAUAGGCGUAAACUUCUCCUUCUGAUCAUCUGCGUUCUGAGUUUCUUCAUUGGCCUUGUGAUGAUGACAGAAGGUGGGCUGUACAUUUUCCAGCUGUUUGACUACUACUCCUGCAGCGGGAUGACUUUGCUGCUCUUUGCCAUUCUGCAUUCUGUGUGUGUUGGAUGGGUAUAUGGAGCUGAACGGUUUUAUAACAACAUAGAGGACAUGAUUGGAUACAGGCCUUUACCCUUCAUAAAGUACUGCUUGAAGUAUGUUACUCCAGUGAUCUGUCUGGGAACAUUUAUUUUUUCUUUGGUAAAGUACACUCCACUCAAGUUCAACAACACCACUGAGUAUCCAUGGUGGGGUUACGCUCUUGGCUGGUGGUUCACUCUUUCUUCAACGCUCAUGGUUCCCCUCCGGAUGCUCUACAAUCUGUACACCACUCCUGGGACGCUGCAGCAGAGAUUUUCAGUUUUAUGCACUCCAUCUGAAGACCUCCCUUUAACCUAAUCAGAAAAGAAAGCACUUGAACUUCUCACUUUGCCUCCGUAACGUGAUGUAACGAAGGAGAAUCUUGCCGAAGAAUGAGACGUGAGGAACAAUCCUCCACCCGGGAGUUCUGCUGAUGACUUACCCCCUAAUGCUCCAAAUCUUUGUAAUACUCUGAUAAACAUC